AUGCGUAUUCAGACCCCCUCGACCGCUCCCGACUUCGAAGACGAGAUCGACCGCCUUGUUGCUGUCGUUCGAGGAUGGGGAAUCACAGACGAAGCUCGUCAGCAGCUCGUCUUCCGCCUCGCCAGAGUUCAGCAUUGGGAGAUUCCCGCCGUUCCGCCCCCGCCUACUGAGAUCUCGGACUCAGAGGAUGAUUUCUCCGAGGCUGACUUUUCUACGGCAACCGGCGACGCCACUCUCAAUGCGGACACUCCUCAGCCCAUCAUACUCGCCGAACCUCAGCCGGUCGAUUCCCCUGUUCCUCUUCCGCCCUCAGCUGUCGACGCCGUUGUUCCUAGCCCUCUCCCUGUCGCACUUGGAGACCACUCCGUCAAAUCCACCUCUGUCACUAAUCCUACGGUCUCCGCAGUCACCACCUCAGCUGGUACGUCGUCUGCCGCUGCCAUAGCAGCGGCCGGUCAUCACCAAGUUGUGUACCACGGCACGGCUUGCUGGGUGCCCGACAACCAUGUCACUGGACCCUUCUAUCUCGUCACGCGUGGUAGGUGGGUAGGCAUCUUCUCGCCAUGGUCCAAGACGUCUCCCUACGUGACUGGGGUAUCUGGUGCAGUAUUCCACCGGAUCAAGGAGUUAGAGACGGGGAUUCAGCAGCUUUUCGAUACCAUCGACGAUGGCCAGGUUGGCGUUGUACCUUAG